CGAUAUAGUUGUAGAAGUUAAAUGAAUUUCACAUAUUGCACUUGUUCCACACCCUUAUAAUAAAGUUAGUCCAAAAUAAUACAAAACCUUCUUGUUGUGCAACUAAUAUGGCUGUUUCCUCUUUCUUUCAAUACCAUAUUGAAUUCCUUUUACUUUGUUUAUUACUAUGUACAACCAUCUUUAACUACUCACUAGUUAUGUGCAACAAUUCCAAAACCGUUCUCUGUGAUGAGAAUGAGAAAAAUACAUUGCUUAAGUUUAAAUAUGGAAUCAUAGAUCCUUCUGGUGUACUUUCUUCAUGGUCCAUCAAGAAAAGAGAUUGUUGUGAAUGGUGGGGUGUUCAUUGUGAUAAUAUUACUAACAAAGUCAUCGAACUCAGUCUUCCUUGUCCAACAAUUUAUCCUGUUUAUGGUGAUUAUCUUGACAAAUCGCAUUGCUUAACAGGUGAACUUGACAUGUCUUUUUUGUUUGACCUUAAAUUCUUGAGUUAUUUGGAUUUAAGAAACAAUGACUUCAACACCAUCCAAUAUCAUGGUCUGCAUGAAAACUCUCCCAGCAACCUCCAUCAUCUUGAUUUAUCAAAUAAUGAUAAUCUUAAAGCUAGUAAUAUAUUUCACUGGAUUUCUAAUAUUUCUUCUCUGCAGUAUCUGGACCUUACUGGCAUUAAUCUUCAAAAAGAAACUAAUUGGCUUCAAUCAGUGACUGUUCUUCCUUCUCUUUCAAAACUAUUUUUGGAGAGUUGUGGACUUCAAAAUAUCUAUCCAACCCUUCAAUAUGUCAAUUUUACUGCACUUAAAGUUCUUGAUCUUUUUGACAACGAAUUUGUGUGUGAGUUACCAAGUUGGGUUUUCAAUCUUAGUUCUGAUAUUUCAAUGAUUGAUUUUUCCCUAAAUUUCAUGUAUGGCCAACUUCCUGAAACACUACCACACUUUCAAAACCUUGAGUAUUUGGCUUUGCAUGACAAUGAUCUUAAUGGACCCAUUCCAAAUUGGGUGAGUCAACUUCAAAAACUACAAAAACUUAAUCUUGCAAGUAACUCAUUUUCGGGUCCUGUUCCUACAACUUUGGGAAAUUUGUCAUCAUUGACUUUCUUGUUUCUCUUUUCAAACAAUUUGACAGGAAUGAUUUCUCAGAGAAAUUUUCACUCUCUUUCAAAGUUGAAGAGUUUAGGUUUAGGCUCAGAGUCCUUGAUCUUUGACUUUGAUCCUCAAUGGAUCCCUCCUUUUCAACUUCAAUUUUUGAUAUUGACUUUUAUGAGUCCUAAACUUCCUUCGUGGAUCUACACACAAAAUUCUCUGACACUUUUAAACAUUGUAAACUCAAGAAUUACAUUGGAACCACUUGACAAGUUUUGGAAGUUUGCUGCUAAUCAAGUUGAGUAUCUUGAUUUACAAAACAAUUCAAUCAGUGAUGACAUGUCGAAUGUGAUGCUUAAUUCUAAAAUAGUGUCGUUGGGGUAUAAUAAUUUGAGAGGUAGUGUGCCAAGAGUAUCACCAAAUGUCACCCUUUUAGAUUUAUCACACAACUCUUUGUCUGGAUCUAUUUCUCCUUUUUUAUGUCCGAAAACAAAGGAAAAAAACACCUUGAAAUAUGUGGAUAUCUCUCAUAAUCUUUUAUCAAAGGAGAUUCCAAAUUGUUGGAUGUAUUGGAAAUCGUUACUUUAUAUUAAUUUGGGAGACAAUAAUUUGAUAGGCCAAAUUCCUCAUUCAAUAGGCUCUUUGUCUAACCUAAUUUCAUUGAGUCUAUACAAUAACAUGUUAUCUGGAGAAGUGCCUCUCUCUCUUAAAAAUUGUCAAAAACUUCGUCUCCUUAAUUUAGGUGAAAAUGAAUUUUCUGGAGUUAUAUCAAGUUGGAUAGGACAAAGUGUAAUUGGUCUCCAACUAAGAUCUAAUCAAUUUAGUGGUAAUAUCUCCACUGAAAUAUGCCAGUUCCAUUCUCUCAAGAUCUUGGAUCUUUCAAAUAAUAGAUUAUCGGGGUCAAUACCAAAUUGUUGUCGCAACAUGACAGGCAUGAUUUCUAAAAAUGAAUCAUUUGAUUCAUUCCAUGUUACCAUUCCUAUGACCAAUGUCACAUUUGAGUUCAAUGUCAAUUUUAUGUUGCUUAUUAAAGGCAUCAAGUUAAAUUAUACACACUCGAUGCGUGUUGUUGACAUUUCUAGUAAUAAUCUAUUUGGAUUAGUGCCAUCAGAGUUAUUUAUGCUCAUUGGAUUACAGUCUUUAAAUCUAUCCCACAAUCAAUUGAUGGGAAAGAUUCCACAAAAUAUUGGCAACUUGACACUGUUGGAAUCCCUUGAUCUUUCAAGUAACGUAUUUUCAGGACAAAUUCCUGAAUCUAUGUCUGCUUUGUCCUUUCUUGAAGUCUUGAAUCUCUCAUGCAACAAUUUUGAAGGAAAAAUUCCAUCAGGAACCCAACUUCAAAGUUUCACAAAUCUUAGCUAUGUCGAAAAUCCAAAACUCUGUGGACCUCCACUCACAAAGAUUUGUCCGCAAGAUGAAAAAUUACCAAAUGCAAAACAAAUGAGAGAAGAUGAUGAUGACAACGACAACUCUCAAGUUUAUUCAUGGUUCUAUAUGGGUUUAGGAAUUGGAUUUGCCACAAGUUUUUGGGCAGUGUUAAUUGCAGUUUUUUUCAAUAGAAGAUUCAGACAUUUUUAUUUCAAAUGUUUAGACCGAGUCUAUGACAUGGUGAUCUAAAAUUUCAACUCUAUUAAAUCAUCAGAAGCUCUCAUAGUGGUAACAAGUCCUUAUUAGAUUGAAUGGAUACUUGGUCCUGAUUCAUCAACAAGAUGGCAAGAAUGAAUGAGGCUUUUACAAAGUUUUAUGCAAGUGUGUGCUAAUUUGAUUAGUUGAUUUGUUUAGGUAAUUGUAUAUUGUUUCAAUUUCUUUAUCAGAUAUGUACUAUGCUAAAAUUGUUCUGUUUUUUGACAUUAUAGAUCAAUCUUGUAAACAUGUGUUUUGAUA